CCUGAAGCCUCACCGACUCCCUAUUUCGUCAUCGUCUUCCUUCAAAGAAGCGCGUUCUCCAAACCCUCAUCUCGGUUUCCAUCUCCAUCCUCGCACGAUCAUCGAUUUCAUCGGAAAAGAAGAGAAUCACUGCUCCGCCUGUGCCCCAGAUCCAUCGCCAUCACUUGAGAUGCCCAGUUGUUCUGUGAGGUAAGUGCGCAGGAGAGAUGUCGAGGCCCAUGGUGCUUGUUUUCCUGCUGGUUAUCCUUAUCAUCACGUCCCAGUUCGAGUGGAAACAGCAGCUUGCCAACGAGUUGGAGGCUGGGCCUGCGAUUUCUCAGAAACAGCAGCGUAUUGCCGAAAGGGAAGAGGCCGUCAAAGAAAGAAUAAUUUUAUCUCAAGAGAAGAACAUUCAGAGGCUGAAUGAGCUGGUGCAGACCCUGCAGCAACAACUGCUUCAAUGCCAAAGCAGCAUGAACAAAUCAAAUGACGGCAGAAACUCUUCCUCAACAAACACCAGUGAGAUAGAGCAGCAACAACAGACACUGCAAGAUUGAUUUGCGCUGAUCGAUUUGAAACUGAUGACCACAUUCAAUGUACUUGUAGUGACAUUGUUGAUAGUCAGAGAAAUUCACAGAGAGAGAGAGAGAGAGAGAGAUCAUGCGAACUCCGGUUAAAGGCUUCCUUCAUGCAAAAAUUUGAUUACUGCUGUUACACACAAAUCCCGGAUGGAUUAUUAAUUAUGUGAUAUGUAAUACCAUCUAUAUAACUUCUAAGUGAAACUCAUUGUAGUAGAUUCAUCGAAAUAUUUGUACUUGUGAAUGACUUGUGUAUUAUACUGCUGACCCGGUCAGCUAAAAGCUCUAAAUAAGUAGGUGCAGAUGUCGUGUAUGCC